GUGCACUGCGGGGUCGGGAUCGCGCGCGCACGGCCAGCUGGAGCGACGGAUAUCAGUGUGGUGUGGCUCGGUCGGUAACGACACAGCAGCUACGGAAGCCGUCGCCUUUGCGCAACAAGGCAGCCAGUGAGCUUCCUGAAAAUGGCCAGCUGGGGAAAGUUCUCCGCCGUCUUUAGGAAUGUAGUGAGGAGCUCUCGGGUUCUGAGACGUUCCACAACAUUCCGUGUAAUCGGUUCCGGUGUUUUGGGCUCUGUCGUCGGAGCCGGAGGUCUCUGCUGUUACUACUACUAUCGCCAUGCUAACAGCAGGACUCUACCUUUCGCUGUUCUUGCAGAGGAAGAAAAGGAACCUGCAGCUCCUCAGAUGUCAGCCAGGAAGAUUCGUUUCAUCGAGUUUGCCUCAGUGGUGUACGAUCUGGAGCCAUACAUGACUCCGAGGGACUUCCUGUUCUCUAUCAUGCUGGAACAAGUGGAUCGAAAGCUCCAGAUGAGAGUCCUAACAGCACAGGACGUGAACAACAUGUUGGUGGCUGCCUCUAAAGCUCGGCCCGGCAGUGACCUGUUCAGAACCUUAGGAGACAACGGUUUAAUAUCCUACACUGAGUAUCUGUUCCUGCUGACCAUCCUGACCAAGCCGCGGACCGGGUUUCAUAUAGCUUUUAAAAUGCUGGAUGUGGACGGCAACGAGCAGGUGGACAAAAAAGAAUUUCUUAAGCUCAAGAACAUAAUCGGCAAGAGCAAACUGAGACUUCCUAAGGACACUGUAGAGAAAGCGGCAGAGGAAGGGGAGGGCGUAAACACAACACUACAGGCCUACUUCUUUGGAAAGAAAGGAGACCACAAGCUGCAGUAUCAGGAGUUUCGCAGAUUCAUGGAGGACCUGCAAGCUGAGGUUCAGGAGAUGGAGUUCCUGCAGUUCUCCAAGGGCAUGGACACCAUGAGGAGGGAAGACUUCGCAGAGUGGCUACUGCACUACACCAACGAAGAAGAUAACGACAUCUACUGGGAAAACAUGAGGAAGAAGAUCCCCGCUGGCCAGAGCAUCACGUUUGAGGAGUUCAAAGCCUUCUGCCUGUUCACCAACAACCUGGAGGAUUUUGCCUUUUCCAUGAAGAUGGUGACUGAGGCCCACCGUCCUGUGGGAAUGGCCCAGUUUAAACGGGCCGUGAAGAUCGCUACAGGACAUGAGCUGUCAGAGAAUGUCCUGGACACAGUCUUCAAGCUCUUUGACAUGGACGGAGACAACUGCCUGAGCCACAAGGAAUUUAUGGGAGUAAUGACGGACAGAGUACUGAGAGGUUUAAAGGUGCAGCAUCAGAGCGGCAUCUCUGGCUACUGGAAGUGUGUGAAGAGGGAGACGCUGAAAGGUGCCAAGGAGGCCCUGGGCCACACCGGCUGCCCCAUCUGACAUGCUUACAUGUCCACCGCCGCUUCUUUUUUAUAUGAUUAAAUAAAUGUUGUGAAUGAGAUUAUAUAGGAUUAUGCCACUGUCUAAUCUGACCCAUUCACUCCAGCUGUAGCUCAGGGUUGUGUUCACAUGCGUCUCAUACAGGCAGCUGAUCAUGGUUGCAUUUGGCUUUUUGUUUUGUUUGCACUUUGGAAACAAUCUGGUUUAAAGUUUCCAGAUUUUUUAAAGUGCCACAAAAGUGAGGAACCUGAGCGUCAGUAAUCCAGGGGUGGGACAGGGAAACGGAUCAUGCGAUGUGUCGGGGCAGGUUCUGAACAGGGCGAGCUGCAGCAUGUCAUUUAUUCCAGAGAGCGGAGCGCAGACUCAGGGUUCCUCCUGUCAGGAGAGGAAUCGCUGCGUUUAAUCGGCCUUUGCAGUGAGCGUGUUAAACGCAGCAGGAUGGAGGCAGCCUGGUCCCUCUGUGGACUGAGGCCGUGUCCACGCUGCUGCUCUGAGCUUCUCAAUGUUUGGUGUGGGGAUUUUUCAUGUUCCUGUCAACGUUUAAUAAAGUUUCCUAAAAACCCA